GCCGUUACUCUGGCAACGUUUGCAAUUCCUUCGGCUUUAGCUAGCUUGUCAACUUUGUUUCAAAAAUAUCAAAUCAUGCCAAAAAUAAGCUCAGACACGCUGUGGGAGCUGGCUGCGGCGGAGGUCCGGGAGACUGAAGGCGGGGAGGAGGACGGAGGAGAGACGGUCAGUGAGAGGACCGUGUUCCUGCUGGGGAGCAAGGCUGGGGGUAAAACGUCCAUUCUCCUCAGAUGCAUCGACAGGGAUGAGCCAUCCAAGCCAACUUUAGCACUGGAGUACACUUUUGGCAGACGGGCCCGAGGACACAACACACCCAAAGAUAUAGCCCACCUAUGGGAGCUGGGAGGAGGCACCUUUUUGUCAGACCUGGUCCAGAUCCCUAUCACUCCUGUGAGCAUCACGUCUCUCUCUGUCAUCCUCGUUCUGGACCUGUCUAAACCUAAUGCCCUGUGGAGAACUAUGGAGAAGCUGCUGCAAGCAGCAACAGCUCAGUUAGAGAAAGUUUCAUCCCAGGCACAACAAGCACAGAAGGCCAAACCUGGAGCCAAACACCAGAUGCCUGUCCACUCAGCAACACGCGUGUUACCCAAAGACUAUCCAGAUAGAGAGCUGAUCAGUCCAUUUCCUGUUCCUCUGCUCAUCAUUGGGAGCAAAUAUGACAUAUUUCAGGAAUUUGACUCUGACAAGAAGAAAGUGAUUUGUAAAACACUGCGUUUUCUUGCCCACUACUACGCAGCCUCUCUUAUUUUCACUAGCAUCAAGUCAGAGAGCCUAAUGUCAAAAACCAAAAGCUUCUUCUCUCAUCUGGCUUUCGGUCUGGACAGAGGGAAAACUUUGUCCUGUGACUCCACCAAGCCUCUUGUCAUUCCAGCAGGCUUGGACUCUUUCAGUCAAAUAGGUUCCCCUCCUACAACUGAUGUGGACAUUACUUCUCUGCAUGCCAAAAACCCAAAGGACCUCUGGAAGAAAGUCUACGAGCAUGUCUUUCCCCAAGAGAAUACCAGUGAGCAGAGGGAACUAAAGGAUCCAGCCAAAGAUCCACAGUACAGUGAGCCUCAAAUUGAUGCCAUGAGGGCCCAGAAAGACCAGGAGUUGGAGCAGUAUAAGAGGAAUGCAGCGAAGUCAUGGAAAGGACUGGAGCUGGAGACAUGAGAGAUAAUCAGCUUUAUGGUCACACGCAUCACAUUAAUAUUAAUACAGUAUAUAUUUUGCAUUAUUUAUUUCCUUUUGUGUCAUUUCCUUUUUUACUACUUUGUAAUUCGUACAACUUGUAUAACUACAGAUGUUUUCUCAAAAAAUUUCAAACAUAACAAAACUAUUUGUAUAACGAUGAUAAAGUGUAUUAUAAAAAAUAAACAAUUUUACAUUAUUACAA